AGCCUAUCACCUUGGUGGAAUUCCUAAUCAGUAAUGUUCCAGGACUGAAUUAAAUUCUUUUUAACAACCAAAACUAUAUUUGGACUUUCCAAUUCCAAGUUAUCUAAUUCAGGUGGAGGGAUACAGUCAAGAGCAGGGAAUGGGUUAGCUGGUUUGCUCAGGCUCAGUGAGCUGAUAUGAACUCAAUGAACCAAUUUUAUUUUUGUCAAUAAUUCCAACUUCCUUUGUGUUAAGUACUAAUCCUACCAAUGAACAAUUUCCAUUGAGUCCUAGUUUUACUUGGACUCCUCUGUACUGCUUUGAUUUCAAGAACUGUCACUCUCAAUUCACCAGUGUAAAUGAGAUCAUUUGUCCACCCUUGGACCAUGAAUGAAAUGAGGUCUGGAGCCCAACGUGGAAUCCAUCUCAGUUUUCUCCAUGUUUUCCUCUUCUUUUUAUUUAUCUACCAUUUUCAUUUCACAGACCACUUAUCAAAACCAAACACUACAGUAAGCUGCUGAAGGUUACAAAAGCAGAGAACAUGCACUUCCCAUAGACCUAAAACAAAUGGUUGUAAUCUCUUUAACAACGGCUGAUGCACUCUCUCUGGAUUACAUUACAACACUCAUUGCAAUUGUUUAAAAUCUCUCAAUCCUGAUGGAUUCUGUCUUUUUAGCUCACAGUAAUCAGAUUUAUGUUUGCUGAUGGUAUCCUCUUUUGAAAGGACUUAAGUUAUUAAACUGAACAGUUUAAAUCCCUUCCGUUCACAUUGAGUCAGAGAUUAGAUAAUUUUAUCACAAAGUCAGCCUGCUCCUGCUAGUUCAGGUACUUGCGAUUACCAUGCUCCAAAACUAAGCACUGAAAUACAGGGAGAGCAAAUGGAGUUUUAUUUGGAGAUAGACCCUGUAACAUUGAACCUGAUUAUACUUGUUGCAAGUUAUGUGAUUCUGCUUUUGCUUUUCCUUAUUUCUUGCAUUUUGUAUGACUGCAGAGGCAAAGACCCCAGUAAGGAGUAUGGUCCUGAAAUGGACAAACCCGUCCAAUCUCCAAUUCAGUUGGUGGUGAUGCAGAACACAGUGGAUGCUCGCCUCAGUGACAAUAAACCUACCAACACCGAAAAUAAAAAACAACUACCAGGCUCACGAAGCACUUUGGUCUAG